AUGAAUUUUACAGUGAAGUGCCUGAUAAAUGGUGGUCUUUUGUUGGUCCUUUUAAUGGCUCAUCGGAUUUGGGCCGACGAAGAUCUUGUGGUGGCCCCUGGUCCAGAUGAGGAACUUGAGGUUGAGGGUGAAGUGGUCGAGGAUGAGGAUAAGUACGACAUGUACAAAAACACCCAGAUUGACGUAUGCAACAACGUUGCGGACGGAGUUUUCCUGCCCUAUGUGGGAAAUUGUUCGAUGUAUAUCGAGUGCGAAAAUAACACAAUAAAGGAUAUAGGCAGCUGUAUGGAAUUAGAGGGCGCCAAGGAAAUGUGUGGAGGAGCUCCGUGUGAAUUGGGCUACGACCCGGUUCUCCAGUUGUGCAACUACCUGAGUGAAGUGCAAUGCCUACCCGAAUGUGAGUCCCUCCGAUUAAGCAGCUUCUGCUACGACAACACCUGCACCAAAUACGUGCUCUGCUACUACGGAAAGCCCGUUCUGCGGCAGUGCCAGGAUGGACUCCAGUACAACAACGUGACGGACCGCUGUGACUUCCCCGAGUACGUCGAUUGUGUGGCCAACGAUUGCUCGGCCACGUUCCAGCCGGAGGACAUCAUCUACCUGGCCAGCAAGGCGUCCUGCAGCAAGUACUUCGUCUGCUCCGAUGGCUAUCCGUGGGAACAGGAGUGCGCCCCCGGUUUGGCCUACAAUCCGGAGGGCAAAUACUGUGAUUUUGCCAAAAAUGUCGAUUGCAAGAUUGAUGCUGCGGCCAGGAAUAUAGUUCCCUAUUCCCGAUCUCCGUUGCGCCGUGCUGAUAUCGAGUGUCCCCGCGCAGGAGUUCACUUCUAUCCGCACAAAUCCCGCCGAGAUGCGUACUACUACUGCGUCGAGGGUCAUGGGGUCACACUGGACUGCACUCCGGGUCUUCACUACGAUCCCAAGGUGGAGGAGUGCCGCAGACCGGAAUACGUUGGUGCCUAACUAGAUUUUAUUCCAAAUAAUAAUAAUAAAGGCCUCCUGUCACGUU